AUGCGAAAAAGUGAAUCGGCUCAUCCAAAUAUCUGCUCGCUCGACAUUGCAGAAUCGAAACCACGAAUUCGAAGCGGGAAACCCUCCGUGAAACCUCCACCUCCAGUGAAACCUGAAGGUCUAUCACAGCGAGUGAAGGCGCUAAGUCCGAACCCUCCUCCAGUGGUCACAAACUCUCCUGUAGUGGUCAAUGUGACCCCCGUGAAGCCCGCUGCUCCGUCCUCCACACUUGAGCCAGUGGAACAAGAACGAACAGAAGAUCGGCUUUCUGGCGAGCUCAAAAAUGUGCCGUCAAUUUCGAGAACUCCUUCAUCCAGCAGGUGGCUCUAA